UAUUUAGCUUCUGAAAAAUUCAGGUUCCCCUUUUCAAAUGCUUUACUGUUUGUGCUUUGGCAAAAGGUUCAGAUAGUCGCCUGCUUCUCUCUCACAGCCUAUUCUAGGUGUUCACAUUCCUGCAACAGAGAAGUUGUUGCUACUGAAGUAAAAGAAAUGGUGUCUUUGAUAAAUAUGAUGAUACUAAAGAGAGCUGAAAGCGUGUCAGUUCAGUAAUUUCUACGUUGCUGCUAUGAUUGUUAGAAAUGUUUGAUUGCUCUGCAGUAUGACUGGGUGAGCUCAUCUUUCUCUCAGCAGAUGGCAUUUAUGAGAAAAUACCAUGGCUUCGUUUUGACUGUGGACCUCAGUUUCUUGUCAGAUUCCAACAGGAAAAUUUUCUUGCUCUUGUGUCUGGGGAGCUCCUCAGGAUGGCAAGUAAAGGACCUACGACUUCUGCAUCAACAAAGAGCUCCAGUGCUGGAGGGACCAGUGGCAGCAGCAGCAGUAAUGGUGCUGGGGACAACACUAAUCAGGACAACACUUUUGAGUGUAACAUCUGUUUAGACACUGCCAAGGAUGCAGUUAUCAGCUUGUGUGGACAUCUCUUCUGCUGGCCUUGUUUACACCAGUGGUUAGAAACCAGGCCAAACAGACAAGUGUGCCCUGUUUGCAAAGCAGGAAUCAGUCGAGAUAAAGUUAUUCCUCUGUAUGGAAGAGGCAGCACUGGACAACAGGACCCCAGAGAGAAAACGCCACCACGACCCCAAGGACAGAGACCUGAACCAGAGAACAGAGGGGGGUUCCAAGGCUUUGGGUUUGGAGAUGGUGGCUUCCAAAUGUCAUUUGGCAUCGGGGCGUUUCCCUUUGGUAUAUUUGCCACAGCAUUCAACAUAAAUGAUGGGCGACCUCCUCCAGCUGUUCCAGGGACUCCUCAAUAUGUGGAUGAGCAGUUCCUAUCCCGCCUCUUCCUGUUUGUGGCUCUGGUGAUUAUGUUCUGGCUGUUGAUUGCGUAAAUCGUUUCCAUUAUUCUGAAUACUCAUAGCCAGAAAGGCUACUGAAACAGUUACAAACUGCUUCCCAUCCCAUUUUAAACCUCCUGGUGUCUGGUUCCGUAGCUAAUGACGGGUUUCAGAAAUUGGUGGUACUGCAGCACAGUGAAGAAUCUCACAUUUUUGCACCACAGUUGGAAAUUAAACAUUGGUUAAAACGUA